AGAGCUUUGGAACUCAUUACUAAUUUUGAAUUAUGACCAGUGUGCAUUAUAAGAUUGUGUGCAAUGUUUUUUUGAGAGACACAUUUUUCUGACUUAAAAACAUUUUGAUCACACUGAAAAAUGUAACAAGUGUUUCAAAACAAGAACACAAAAUGUCACAUGAGUCUAAAACUACAUAAUACCACAUCCUCCUCUAAAUGCAAUAAGAGCAGCUCAUUGUUCUCACACCAGCAGAUGGACAACAUGAUCAGCAUGCUUCAAGCAGCACUUGUUGCUUUAGUGGCCACUGUCUUGGCUGGCCAAGGCUAUGACUGUAUGGAAAUCAUUGGGGGUCAUGACGCUAAACCUUAUUCAAAACCUUUCAUGGUGUCCAUCCAAGCUAAUAACAAGCAUGUAUGUGGAGGAAGUUUGAUCCAUGUAAAGUGGGUUCUGACUGCAGCAAGUUGUCUACAGCUGGUCAAGAAAAAGAGAUCCAUCGUCAUUCUUGGACCUCAGUCACAACAGAAGAAGGAUAAGACUGAACAGAAAAUUCCUAUUAAAAACUUUUUCCCACAUCCUGAAUUUAAGAAUGCACUGGACAAUGACAUUAUGCUUUUGGAGUUAGGACAAAACGCAAAUAUUAAAAGUAAGGAAAUCCUCCAACUGCCAACUUCAGCAAAGGACCCCAAAUCUGGACUAAAAUGCAGUCUCAUCGGAUGGGGACAACCCAAUUCAAAGGAUAAAUCACGUUCUGAAGUUUUGAAAGAAGCAGAAGUAACAGUGUUGGAUCGGAAAACCUGUAAUAGUAACAAGUAUUAUAACAGGAGACCGGUUAUAACAGACAACAUGAUAUGCGCCACUGAUAAAAAGGGGAAGAAAGAUUCCUGCUUGGUGGAUGCGGGAGACCCAUUAAUGUGCAAAAAAAAGACAUUGAGCUGGAAGAAGGAGGUUGUCGGUGUUUCUGCAGCCAGAAAGGAAUGUGGAAAUUCGAAAAAACCCGGCAUAUAUAUCCGGUUAACAGACAAAUAUCUCUCCUGGAUCAAGGCAAAAAUUGGAGUUGUGAAUUUUAACAAUUCUAUGGACAUUAUUGAUUCCAUUUUCUCUGCUGAUGUUCCCAUGGACAUGGUGUUAACUGUAUGACUACUUCAAAUGCUGCCAGAGAAUCUGGGAAAUGUGUUGAACAGGACUCAGCACAAACUGUCAUAAAAUCUUGUUUCCCUGAUUGUACCUGAUCUGGGUUGAGACCCUCAUGGGCAGAAAAGGAGAAAAAUUCCCGAAACAUGCUGAGAAAACACGUCACAUAAUGGAAUUAGAAGGGAUUCAUGUUUCUGCUACUGUAUAUUUUACUGCAAAGUUAUUUUCUAUUAAUUCAUUUUGCCUGGCUUUUUUAAUUUUUGACAAUUAAAAGCAAUCAUAUAUAUUUGUGCAAAUUUAAGUUAUGCACAAUGUGGGAACUAGCAAAAAUGCUGAAAGCCUAUGUAUAAUUUUAUUUAUCUAUUUGUAUUCUUAAAAUAUCUGUAAUAACCCUUGCUAAAUCCUUUUCAUGGAAAAAUUGCCAGUGCUGAUGAUGAACAUUUGAUUGUAAUCUCCAUAGAAACUGUAUCCUUGUGAUAUUGCUUAUGGCUAAUGCAAAAUAACAUCUUUAGAAUACUAUUCUUUGCUGUGGCUCCAUUUAUUAACUCACGGAGAUUUUGGGAGAGAUAACUUUGAGAGAACAAGUUACUUCUCCAGGUGGGAACAGGAGGAAUGCUGUCCUCUUGGGUCUAACCCCACCUACCUCCACUUUUACCCAGAUCAUUCAGGCUUUAACCUGAAUUAAAUUAUGGUUUAAUACCUUGGUCAGACAUUAAAUGAUGGCA